AAUAUAUUUUCUGUCCUUAAUACAACAUAAUUAACAAAAUACUCUGUGAAAACCACGUUAUCCUUCUCUCUUUUGAUCACAAAUCAACCAAUCAUGUAAUCAUCUCCAUUUUCUUAAGAUUAAGUCCAAAAUUUUCUGUUUUUUUUUUCAACAAUUAUCGGUGUUUCGGGUCAAUUUACGCACACAUCGAUUAAUCUUCUUUUAAAUUCGGUUAAAAUCAGGUCAUUCACGUCAGAAUUAAAGUGUUCAUGAGAAAAUAAUUCCCGAGCUCAUACUAAUUGUUUAAUUUGUCAAAUUUUAUUAAUUCCCCUAGGUUUCAAUUUUAACAAUUUAUUCCCUUAAAGUUUUCACAAGAUGAAAUUAAUUGACUACGUGGAUGGAAAAUUUAAUAAUGUUGGGCAACUAACAAUAGGAGUUGAUUGGAAAGUAUUCGAACUUUAAGAAGGUAAAUUGUUGAAAUUAAAACCUAGCGGAAUUGGUUGUAACAUGAUCCAAAUUUAAAGGGGGUAUUUUGUAAUUUAUCCUAUAUUUUAUUGAAUGGAGAAUUUGACCUCAUUGAAUUUUAACUCGAUUUAUACAAAUUAUAACUGGUCCCAAAAUUUUCAGUAAAAUACAAAGUGGGUAGGCAGAUUUUGCCUCGCGUCUAACACCAAAAUACAUAAGGACUUCUUGAGCUGACUACACCCAAAUACAUGACUUCUUGAGCUGACUGUUAGGCUGUCUGCUUCAACCUUCUAUACAUACCCACACAAAUACCAGUGAUCAUAGUUCACACCAAUUAAGUAGGUAGAGAAAAUGGGUACCCAAAUGUUUCAACUGUCUCUUCUUUUCUUCAUCUUCUCUUCAGUAACUCACCUCAGUUCAUCUCUCUCAACUGACUUCUCCAUAGUAGAUCAUCACACUGAGGAGGUCCUCUCAGAAGAGAGAGUCUCUGAGCUCUUCCAACAAUGGAGAGAGCAGCAUGGGAAGGUGUACAAAGACACAGAAGAGGAAGAGAAGAGGCUUGAGAACUUCAAAAACAGUCUCAAGUAUGUGAUUGAGAACAACACUAAGAGAAGAUCAGGCUCUGGGCAUGUGGUGGGAUUGAAUAGGUUUGCUGAUAUGAGUAAUGAAGAGUUCAAGGAGGUGUAUAUUUCAAAGGUAAAGGAUCCAUAUAGCAAGAAGAAGAUGGGUCAGAGAAAGAGUAUGAAGGGGAGGUCAAGGUCAGCCAUGGCUUCUUGUGAAGCUCCUUCUUCUUUGGAUUGGAGAAAGUAUGGGGCUGUUACUGGUGUCAAGGACCAAGGAAGUUGUGGAAGUUGUUGGGCAUUCUCUGCAACUGGAGCCAUGGAAGGAGUAAAUGCCUUAGCCACUGGAGACCUAAUUAGCCUUUCGGAACAAGAACUUGUGGACUGUGAUCCAGGCAAUUAUGGUUGUGAUGGUGGAUACAUGGACAUUGCUUUCGAGUAUGUUCUAAGCAAUGGUGGGAUUGAUUCCGAAGCUGAUUAUCCCUACAUAGGAUAUGAUCGAAAAUGUAACACCACCAAGGAGAAAAACAUUGCUGUAACAAUUGAUGGCUAUAUAGACGUAGAAGAAGAAGAAAGUGCUCUCCUUUGUGCUGUUAUUCAGCAACCUAUCAGUGUGGGAUUGGUUGGUUCAUCAUUCGAUUUUCAACUCUACACAGGGGGUAUCUAUGAUGGUUCUUGCUCAAGCAAUCCCUCUGUCAUAGACCACGCGACUGUGCUCGUGGGCUAUGGUUCCGAUGGGGAUGAAGAUUAUUGGAUUAUAAAGAACUCAUGGGGAACAUCUUGGGGAAUGGAGGGGUAUGCAUAUAUAAGAAGGGGCACUAAUAAGAAAUAUGGUGUCUGUGGAAUCAAUGCUAUGGCUUCUUAUCCAACCAAAGAAUCUUCUUCACCAUCUCCUUAUCCUUCCCCAACCGUUCCACCACCACCUCCUUCACCGCCAUCACCACCACCACCUCCUUCACCGCCAUCACCACCACCACCCCCUCCUUCACCUCCCUCUCCAUCACCAAGUGACUGCGGAGACUUCUCCAUCUUCUACUGUCCACCAGACGAGACGUGCUGUUGCCUGCUCAAAUUACUUGACGUGUGCCUGUUAUAUGGUUGCUGUGGAUACAAGAAUGCUGUUUGCUGUACCGGCACAGUCUAUUGCUGCCCCAGUGAUUACCCCAUUUGUGAUGUCCCAGAUGGCCUCUGCCUCAAGGGUGCUGGAGACAACAUAGGAGUGGCUGCAAAGAAGCAAACGAUGGCUAGUCACAAGUUACCAUGGACUAAAGUUGAAGAAACAGAGAAGGAAUACCAACCUCUCAUGUGGAAGAGGAAUCAAUUUGCUGCAAUCCUCUGAAAAUCAGAACUGUUUAUUGUGAAGGUUGAAGUUUUCUGUCAUUUUCAUAGUUCUGUUCCUUCCAUUGGGGGCUGGGAAAUGGGGGCAUUUUCUCAUCCUAUUCUUGUUAUAUUUUGAAUUUAUGUAUCAAGAACAAGCAAAAAGAUACAGAAAAAAGGGGAAGGAGUAUUUUUUUUCUCUUUGGAUGAUGUAUUGGGAGACAGGAAAAUUUUCAUAUAACUAUGCUUAAUUUGUCAAUAAUAGCUUGUGGCAUGCUUCAAACCUGCUUCAAUGUUGUUUUGAGGGCCUUGUAAUGACCGAAUCAAAAAAUUCUCUUCGUCAUUCAAUAGUAUAUCUAUGAAACACG